GCAGUUGAUCGCGAAACUCGACGGCAAACACAACACACAGCGCGAGAGGCACUGGCACUAGCUCUGAUCUCUGGCUUAAGCUCUGAUUCUCCGAUUGUAAUGCUGCUGCUGACCCUCGCCUUUGGAGCUCUGGCAGUGCUCCUCACCUGGGACUUUGUGCGCAAGUGCCAACGUGCUGCGACCUUCGAGAGGUCGAAGAUCUCUGGGCCCCUGUCGCUGCCUGUCCUGGGGAAUGGCCUGCAGGCCCUGGACCUGGGCGCAGAGAACAUCAUCGAUUGGGUGGAGGAAUCCUUUCGUUUGUAUGGCAAAACAUUCCGCAUGUGGAUCCUCGGCGAGUCGCUGAUCUACACCAAGGACCUGAAGUACUUUGAGGCCAUUCUGGGCAGCACCACGCUCCUGCAGAAGGGACAGCUCUACAAGUUCCUACGACCCUUCCUCAACGAUGGCCUGCUCCUGAGUGUGGGCAAAAAGUGGCACGCGCGGCGCAAGGUCUUCACGAACGCCUUCCACUUCAAUGUCCUCGGCCAUUACGUGGAUAUCAUGGACAGGCAGGCUGCCGUGAUGGUGGAGAAGCUCCGGGAGGUGGCCGAUGGCGAGACGACGGUGGACAUGCUGCCUUACGUCUCACUGGCAGCCCUAGAUGUCAUAACAGAGGCCGCCAUGGGGGUGCAAGUGAAUGCCCAGAGCGACUCCGAGUUCCCCUACGUGCAGGCCCUCAAGAGUGUCGUGUACAUCCAAAGCGAUCGCAUGUUCAGGUUCCUGCAGCGCUACGACUGGCUCUUCCGCCUCUCCUGCCCCGUGCUGCGCAGCAAGCUGCUGAAGGAUGUCCGCGUCAUGCACGACUUCACCGACAAGGUCAUACGCGAGCGGCGCGCCGCAGUGGAGCAGGCAAAGGCCGACGGCAGCUACAGGCCGCUGAGUCUGGGGGACCCCGAGGUGGGUCGUAAGUCCCAAAUGGCGCUGCUGGACAUCCUCCUGCAGGCCACCAUCGAGGGGCAGCCCUUGAGCGACGCCGAUAUACGCGAGGAGGUGGACACUUUCAUGUUCGAGGGCGAUGACACCACCAGCAGCGGCGUCUCCUUCGCCCUGUACGCCAUCGCGAGGCACCCGCAAGUGCAGGAGAGGAUCUACCGAGAACUUCUGCAAGUGCUGGGCAGGGAUCCGUCGACUCCCGUCACCCAAGCGAAGCUCCAGGAUCUCAAGUAUCUCGACUGCGUGAUCAGGGAGACCAUGCGACUGUACCCGGCCGUGCCGGCCGUCGGCAGAUACACCUCGAAGGAGAUACAGAUCGGCGGACAGACGAUACCCGCCAAUACGAGCAUCUACCUGGUGCUCUACUUUGCCCAUCGCGAGGCGGAGUUCUUCCCCGAUCCGCUGGCCUUCAAGCCGGAGAGGUUUCUGGAUCGGGCGGACUCCGAGGAUCGGGAGACGUUUGCCUAUCUGCCGUUCAGUGCGGGGCCCAAGAACUGCAUCGGCCAGAAGUUUGCGAUGCUCGAGAUGAAGGCGCUGGUCAGCAAGGUUCUGCGGUGCUACGAGCUGCUCCCCAGGGGACCGGAGGUCAAGCCCAUGAUGAACUUCAUCCUGCGCUCGUCCUCUGGCAUGAAUGUGGGCCUGAGGCCCCGACGAAGCCCAUAGGAAUUGCAGGGGAUUGCAGGUGGGGGCCCCCACCCACACACAGGGGAUCCAAGAGGUGCCGGGUUUUUGGUGGGGGUUUGUGAUAUCUAGUACAAUAUACCUAACAUUUAACACCAUUUAGGAUCUUGUUGAACGAUGUUUAACGACGGCAAUAAAAUCCUAUUUGCAUAGACCAGUCA